CGAGACAAGAAGAACAAGAGAGGAGACGAGGACUAGGAGGAAAGAAAGGAAACCCUAGCCCGCUACACCCUUGGCCCCUUCUCUCUUCGUGGUCGCCGCCGCCGCCGCCGCGCCCAAGCCUCUCCGACUCGGCCAUGGCGACGUCCUCAGCUCUCCUCUUCCCUUCUCCGUCCUCGGCGUCCUCGCCGCCGUCAUCGGCGCGGGUGGAGGCGGUGGUGCUCUUCAACGUCUGCGACAGCUACGUGCGGCGCCCGGACCAGGCGGACCGCGUCAUCGGCACACUCCUCGGCUCCCUCCUCCCCGACGGCACCGUCCACGUCCGCAACUCCUACGUUGUCCCCCACAGCGAGUCGGCCGACCAGGUCGCCAUCGACAUCGACUACCACCAUAACAUGUACGCCUCGCACCAGAAGGUGAACCCCAAGGAAGUCAUCGUCGGCUGGUUCUCAACUGGAUUUGGUGUUUCUGGGGGAAGUACGCUCAUCCAUGAGUUCUAUUCAAGGGAAGUACAAAACCCCAUCCAUCUUACAGUCGACACUGGCUUCACAAGGGGGGAGGCUUCCAUCAAAGCCUACAUCUCAUCCAACCUGUCCCUUGGAGAUAGGCACCUCGCUGCGCAAUUUCAGGAAAUCCCUCUGGAUCUAAGGAUGAUUGAGGCAGAAAAGGCUGGAUUCGAGAUCCUGAAAUCUACCAUGGUAGAGAAGCUCCCCAAUGAUCUGGAAGGAAUGGAGUCCUCAAUGGAGAAGCUUUACAUUCUUAUUGAUGAGAUCUACAAAUAUGUCGAUGAUGUUGUGGAAGGACGCGUGGCACCUGAUAACAGAAUUGGAAGGUUCAUCUCUGAUUCUGUUGCUUCAAUGCCAAAGUUGUCCCCAGCUGCUUUCGAUAAGCUUUUCAAUGACAAGAUUCAGGAUAACCUUGCGCUGGUAUACCUGUCAAGCAUCACAAGGACACAAAUCACCAUCGCGGAGAAGUUGAACACUGCUGCUCAAGUGCUGUAAUUUUGGUGGUUGUGGCAUUUGGUUGGACGUCGAUGAGUUGGGUGCAAUCUGUGAUGUUUGGCAUACGUGUCCAAUUUGGUGGCAGGAAUGCAUUUUUGUACUUGUUAUUAUUAUUACUAAAUGAUAGACCUGAUGAAACGGGUUAGUCAACAAUGAGAUCCCAUAAUCAUGUUGCCAGUAGAGUGGUGGAGGGCGAGAUGUUUCUGUUUGGAUAGUAUUCUGUGCUUCAGGUUCAAUAUUUGUAAUGCUCGUUUGUUUUGUGUAAUGACACAGUUAAUGACAUUGCCGAGCUAACGCCAAUGUGGAACAAUGAAGAGAUUUGCUCCACAUUGACGCCAUUUGGAGGUGCAGUGGCGCUGGAA